AGAGCGUGCUAGGGUGCGUGUGAUCUGCGAGCAGCCAUGGAAGAAACUUACCUGCUGAAUGUGGAAGGGGUCAAAAAGAAGAUUCUGUCUGGAGGCCGAGGAGAGCUGCCAAAGCUGCAGGAUGGGAGCAAGUUCACCUUCCACUUCCAGACGUUGAAGGAUGAUUUUGAGCGGACGGUGAUCGAUGACAGCCGGGAAGCUGGCAUGCCCAUGGAGAUCAUCGUGGGCAAGAUGUUCAAGCUGGAGAUUUGGGAGACGCUGCUCAGCUCCAUGAGGAUUGGGGAGGUGGCUGAGUUCUGGUGUGACACCAUUCACACAGGCAUGUAUGCCCUGGUGUCCAGGGGCAUGCGGAGGAUCGCCGAGGGCCGGGACCCCCUGGAAGGCCAGAAGCACCGCUGUGGCAUGGGCAACAUGUUCGACUACCACAGCACGGGCUACGACGACCUGGACGAGCUGCAGCGGACACCACAGCCCCUCAUCUUCAUCAUGGAGCUGUUCCGGGUGGAGGAUCCCUCCGCGUACAAACGUGACACGUGGGCCAUGAGCAAGGAGGAGAAGCUGGCRGCAGUGCCCGUGCUGCACAGCGAGGGCAAUCGCCUCGUCCUGCGCAGGGAGUUCGCACAGGCUGCGGCCAAGUACCAGGAGGCUGUCAUCUGCCUCAGGAACCUCCAGGCCAAGGAGAAGCCGUGGGAGGAUGGCUGGCUGAAGCUGGAGAGCCUGGUGACGCCGCUGGUGCUCAACUACUGCCAGUGCCAGCUGGAGCUYGGCGAGUACUACGAGGUGCUGGAGCACACCACGGAGCUUCUCCAAAAGCACAAUGACAAUGCCAAGGCAUAUUUCAAGCGGGCCAAGGCGCACGCUGCCGUGUGGAACGAGCGGGAGGCGCGGGAGGACUUCCAGCGCGUGGCUCACCUGGACCCCUCCAUGGCGGCCGCGGUGAAGAAGGAGCUGAAGCAGCUCGGGGAGAGGAUGAGGAAGAAGCACGUGGAGGAUCGGAARCGCUACCAGGGGCUCUUCCAGUCAUCCCAGGGUCAGAAGGGCCGGGGUGGGCGGGAGAGCAGGGAGGUGGGUGAUGGGGCACCGCAGGACUCGCUCCUGGUGGUGUGUGCCUGGCUGGCUGCAGAGCCUUGGCUGGUGGAGYUCAAACCAUAA